GUAGAGUGUCCGGACGGAGAUACUCUCUCGGGAAGAGCCGGUGGAGCAUGCAAACCAGGCGUGGGCCGGCGGGACGAAUGAGAGGCGGGCGCGGGCCAAGCUGGCGACGGCAACGCGUCUGCCGGCGGUGCUGCCAGUGCCUAUCUCCGCUCUCACCACGUUUCCCCUUCCACUUAACUACAUCGUAGUUCCUGACUUAGCAGUAGCUCCCGUCUUAUCGUCAAUCUGUCCGGUUCCCUCCCGACGACGACUUCCGACUACUUACCUACUGCUCCUCCCUCCAUGUUAGUUGAGUCUCCCUUCAGGCAGGUUCCGUGUCGCAUGGCUGGCCAAGAACCGAACGGAUCGUCUCUAUCCCAUUGAGCACCGAGCUCACUCCCUCCCGCCCGCUCGCCCUUCCUACAUACUACGCUGGCCACUUCGCUCCCCGCAAUUAUCUUCCAUCCGCUCGAGACGAUCUGGCCCCUCGUCCGACGUCGAUAAUCUUCACCAUGGCUGAAGAAACUCUGUCCGGCAUCUGCCUGCAUUGCGCGGAGCUCCUAGCCAGCGUCCCGCUCUCGGUUUUGCUCGUCGCCUUUGUUGCAACGCUCUCUGGACUCUUUGUCCUGAUUUACAUCACUCUCUAUACCGUCGCUCCGGUCCCGCGGAAACCGUUUCCUGAGGAGAAGAAAUACCGUACACUCUUGAAAGAUGGGUCGAUCACGGAGCCACUGCAAUUACCUUGCUGGCAAGAUGCCCUGGACGCUCAAAAACGUCCCGGUCGGAUCCUCGACCACUCCUCGAUGGAGGACGCCGAGUUGUUCAUAUCGCUGGUAGUACCCGCAUACAAUGAGGAAGACCGUCUGGGAGGCAUGCUGGAAGAGGCAGUGGAUUACCUGGAAAAGGUAUAUGGGACGGUAACCGACUCCGUCAAUGGUGCUGGUACCACCGCGGCAGAGAAGGCAGUGCGUCAGCGGAAACCGGCCAACGGGCAUGCAAACGGGACUGCCGCACAUCUUCCGGUGCACGACAGCAAGGGCUGGGAAAUUAUCAUUGUCUCCGAUGGAUCCAAGGACAAAACCGAGGAAAUAGCGUUCGCCUUUGCUCGGGAUCACCAACUCUCGAUGCACCCCAAGGGCUACGCUGGUCCUUGGACUCCGGGGACGCAUGAGGGAGUUCGCAUCCCUUCCGGGACUAUCCGGGUGGUGACUCUGACGGAGAACAGGGGUAAGGGUGGAGCAGUCACCCAUGGCAUGCGGCAUGUCCGUGGUCAGUAUGUGGUGUUUGCGGAUGCCGACGGGGCGAGCAAGUUCGAGGAUCUAGGGAAGCUCGUCGCAGCCUGUCAGACAAGCGAGGAUGCGCAAGGGCGAGGUGUGGCCGUUGGCUCUCGGGCGCAUAUGGUCGGUAGUGAGGCGGUGGUCAAGCGCUCGAAACUGCGCAACUUCCUCAUGCAUUCUUUCCACUUGAUCCUCUGGCUGUUGACGCCAUCGAAGACGGCCACGAUCAAGGACACCCAGUGUGGGUUUAAAUUAUUCUCCCGGGCCUCACUGCCCUAUAUUAUUCCCUACAUGCACUCCGAGGGAUGGAUCUUCGACGUGGAGAUGCUCAUGCUCGCCGAGUUUGCCGACAUUCCCGUCGCGGAGGUGCCCGUAGGAUGGAGAGAGGUCACCGGCAGCAAGUUGAACGUGCUCCGCGACAGCAUUGGCAUGGCCUGGGGACUGGCAGUUCUGCGAGCGGCAUGGAUGCUUGGCGUGUACCGGCGUACUUGAUGAUGUAUCGCUCUAUAAAAAGACCCAGACCGAGAACGAGACCGAGACCGAGCGGCCGAUCCCGCAAUAUAGUAUAUAGUACA